UUGGCAGUAGCUGUGCUAUCAUCUUCAGCUAUCAUGUCCGAGACUCCUCCUGUCGCUCAGGCAGCCGCCGCUGCUGCUCCCGAGAAGCCUGCAGCUGCAAAGAAGACCAAGAAGCCCGCCAAGACUGCAGCAGCUAAGAAGAAGCCUGCUGGCCCCUCGGUGUCCGAGCUCAUCGUGCAGGCGGUCUCCACCUCCAAGGAGCGCAGCGGCGUCUCCCUGGCCGCGCUCAAGAAGGCUCUCGCGGCUGCCGGCUACGAUGUGGAGAAGAACAACAGCCGCAUCAAGCUGGGGCUCAAGAGCCUGGUGAACAAGGGCACCCUGGUGCAGACCAAGGGCACCGGUGCUGCUGGUUCUUUCAAGAUCAACAAGAAGGCGGAGGCAAAGUCUAGCACCACCAAGGUCUCCGUGAAGUCGAAGGCGUCGGCGGCGUCUAAGAAACCCAAGAAGACUGCCGGGGCCGCAACCAAGAAAACUGUUAAGACCCCGAAGAAGCCCAAGAAGCCUGCCGUCUCCAAGAAGCCUUCCAAAAGCCCAAAGAAGCCGAAGGUGGUGAAGGCCAAGAAGGUGGCCAAGAGCCCUGCUAAGGCGAAGGCCGUGAAACCCAAGGCUGCCAAGGCAAAAGUGACGAAGCCGAAGGCUGCAGCUAAGCCCAAGAAGGCUGCACCUAAGAAAAAGUGAACAGUUCGGUUGGAGGCUUCUUCAGUAACCCAACGGCUCUUUUCAGAGCCACCUACAUAACUUAAAAGAGCUUGGCACUCACUUCCAACUUGUCUGGUACAAACUAGGCUACUUGUUAGGAACUUCUGAGUUGUACACCUGGUUGACUUAGGCAGCUAAGGGCUUUUUCCCCCCACAGAAUAGAUCAUAGCUUAUUUGCCUUACCUGAUAUUUAAACCCAGGGAGGAUAAUCAGACGUUCCCCUUUCCAGGUAAGUCCUGUCCCUUAAACAUGAGACCCAACAACGCUCUCUAGUACGUUGUGUGACAUGGGGCAUAGAACAAUUUUGUAAGUCCAGUGGGAUUGGUGACUAUGAAGGGAGCAAUACAUAGGCUGUCACUCAAGUGCCAGGAUUAAACGCUUGCGUCACUACCUCCCGGUGGUACUAAAGCCCUUAAAGCUGUCUAUCUGCCAAGAACUGGAAACUGUCACAGGCAGGCAGCACUUUAAGCCUUUUGGAGAUUUUUGAUUCCCGCUGGUGCUCUUGAACUGAUUUUCCUGCCUCCUGAGUACUAGGGUUACUCCCAACCCCUACCCCCCUAACUCAGUCUUUUACUGGACUCCCCUACUCAGCCUUGUACUUACCCUGAGCCAUGUUUCUGGCCCUGAAUUUAGUUGGGUUUUUUUGUUUUAAUACAUUUGGUCAUAAACAAUAAUGAUUGAUUCACCUUUCACUUAAGGGUCAAUUUACUUCAAAGUGAUAUACGCACAUUUAGACAUUUUGUUUUCCUUCAACAAAACUUUAGAAAGCCAAUUAGUCGACCACAGACAGGCCUUUUAUCUCAAGCACAUGGGAAGUUGAAGCUAAAGAAUACUGAAUUAAAGCCAGCCUAGGCAGCACAGUCAGAGGCUGUACUAAAACAAGUUCAGGGACGAUUUGGUUGGGUUUUGUUUGUUUGUUUUGUUUUCAACCAAAAAGAAGUUGUUUUAUUUUUAAUAAAGUCUCACACAAAGUAUUAACCAUUUGUUAAUCUGUUGGUUGGCACUAAACUGAUCAUGAUGCAACAAACAG